AUGUGCCUUUUAUUUGGAUUCACAAAUUAUUUCGAAUUAUAUUUGGCGAUCAAGCUUAUGUUUUAUGUAAUAGAAGUUGCGAAUAGAAAUGUAAAAGGAAUUUGCCUUGUUUUUGAUCAAAGUGAAGAGAGAAAGAGUCGAACUUUUUGUUUUCUGCCUACAUUGUUCAUUGUUGAGGCCUUCACUUUGGUAUUUGGGAUUUCUUCACCAGAGCCCAUCGAUGGAAUUUUUCUUACGUUCAAAGUUGAAGUGUACGGAAGGGCGAUAGAAAUUAUGAUGAGAGAUAGAGACAGCAAGAAAGAAGAAGGAAGCAACUUUAGUUGCAAGACGAAGUAG